AUGAAGAAAGGCGGGUUGACUGAAUGGGCCACCAAGUCCGAUCCCAACUGCACGCAGGGAAUUCAGUGGAUCAAAAACGUUAGUUUCAUGAUUCCAAUAGGAUAACAUACCAAAAGAAGACAUUGAUAUAAUAAUCAAUUCCAAAUCUUCAUCCAAAAAAAGGUUUCAGGUGUUCACAGACUGCGUCGAUACGGAUAUGAAGCUCAUCGGUUUUGUGAUUGGACUGAUUUCCCUUGCGUUGUGGCUGGUGCCGCUUUUUCCGCAGCUCUGGCAAAACUACAAGACGAAACGCUGCGAAGGGCUUUCCCUCGUCUUUCUUUUCUUUUGGUAAGUCUUUCCUGACACACUCCACGAUGAAAAAUCGCCUUUUUCCAAAACUAUAAAUUUUUAAAACUUCCUAAAGUUGCUUAUAUCCUCACUAUAGAUUAAAAAACCUUUUGAAUGUUUUCCCUUUUCUUUCGCACUUUGAUUUAAUAUCAAGAUCUCCCUCAUGAAGAUUUUUUUUUUCAAUUCAAUUUGUUUAUUUUUCGCAACAUCGGGAUGGUAUGGUGAUGUUGCAGGGAGGGAAAAAGACCACUAGGUGGACUAACUAACCCCACCUGUGAAGAAAAAAAAAAGUUUUUUGUGUAAGAAAAGAAAGAUUGCAGGAAAUUCCUAUAAAAAAAAUCCUUCGAAAGUCAUUCUUUCUGAACUUUUCAUGAAAAUAUCUAAAUGAGGAGUUUCAUUUUUUUAAUUUUCUAUUAAAUUUUUGGUUCACCUACAGAUAUAGUCACAGUAUCGAGCAGAAUCAACGCUCUUCUUCAUUUUUUUUUUUUGCUUUGACUCUGAAAGUUCGAUUAAUUUCAGGUUGGUUGGAGACACGUGUAACAUGCUUGGCGCGAUUUUGACCAACCAACAGCCCAUUCAGAAGAUCAUCGGCGUCUAUUAUAUUAUUCAGGUUGAAAAUAGGGUCAUAAACAAGAAAAAAGUUUUUGUUUAAAAAAAAAGAAAGAUAGGGUCAUAAAACAAUAAAAGCUUUUUUAUCAUUAGUUUGAAUAAGCGCGAAAAAAACUCCUAUUUUUUUUUAAAUAUUAAGUUUGUUAGUUCUCGAUUGAAAAAAAUUUUUUUUGAGGAUCUCGUGUUGUGGGCACAAUAUGGUUAUUAUAUGAAGAUCUAUCCGCGCAAAACGACGCAAAGAAGUUUGAUUUUACCUGCUUCCAAUAUUUGGUUCAAUGAAUCCUAUAGGCGGAACGAUCGUCGUGCCCUGCAUAGCUUUGGCUUCACUCGGCUCUCUCUGCGCAUUGAGCACUUUUGCGGAUCAGGCAGUUGCCCAGCCGCGAUUCAGACGAGGAGUCCUUGACCUUUCAGCUGCAUCUGAGUUUGUUGUUUUUAUAUCUUCCAACAAGAUGAUGUGAAAAAAAGAAAGUAUCAAAUACCAAGAAGAAAAAGACGAAAGUUUGUCUCAGCGAUGAAUUCGCGCUUGAUAAAAAAUAUAAAAGCGUGAAAUUUUUUCUCUUUUCUUCCAAUAACAGUUCAGAUAAAAGUUGAUCUUUUUCCGAUCAAAACGUUAAUCAAACUUGAAUUAAACACGAUGAAUGGAAAAUGAUAGUCUAUCAUAUAAGUUUCAAAAUUUACAUAUUCAAAGGUUCAUAAGUAAGAAAGCAUCACAUGUGUACGGUUUUUUGAUUAGUGAGGAAAUGGUAGCUCUGCCACCCCUUGAAAAAACGAAACAUUUUGAAUUUUGAUCAAUUUUAGCCCUUCUGGGCAACCGCCACUGGAUUCAAUGCUGCAAAUGUGGCCCAUCUUUGAAAGCUACACGGACUUGGUAUAUCUUCAGGCCAACCGAAAGAAUUUCAACGUUUUCAGCUCGGCUACAUCAUUGGCUCAAUGGCCGCCCUGUGCUACUUUGGUGGCAGGAUCCCACAAAUAAUCAAGGCGAGCCGUUCGGACGGCGAGAAAUCGUCAAUAUACGUAUUUCAGAAUUAUCAACGUCAGAGCUGCGAAGGACUUUCCCUCACGAUGUUCUACAUUAUUGUUGCAGCCAACAUGACCUAUGGGAUUUCGGUUUUGAUGGCUACUACCGGCUGGAUUUACCUUUUAAGGCAAGUUUUCUGCAGCACAGUUCCGUUUCAAAAAUUUUUUUUUUGCUUUUUGAAGAGAUUCUGUUUCUGAAGCCGUGUUGGGUCACCGGAAAGAUGAUUAGGAAGAUGGAAAAAAAAAUAAAAUGAGCAGAGUUUCCAGACAAACUUUGGAUUAAAUCAUCAAACUAUCAUAACUGAGCCACAUUCUUUCCGUAGCAUGAACAUCAGGGAAUCCUGGACUGUUUCAAACUUUCAUGCCUAUAUUUAUAAAGAAGUGUUGUAAGAGAUUAGCACACGUUCUCUGAGAUAUGCCAUCAACCGUUGGUACUAAAAGUUCAUGUUGCUUUUUAGAGACUUGUGUAGCUGUUCGUUCCACAGUUUUGACAGUUCAUUGAUUCUGUGUUAAAAAGAAAUAAGUUUCAGGCACCUUCCCUGGCUGGCGGGAAGCCUCGGCUGCUGUGUUUUUGAUGCUGUGAUGAUCUCGCAGUACUACUACUACAGAAAACGGUCCUACGACGCGCCGAACGGGUCGAGCGUCGAGCGGGAAGGUCUUCUGGCCGACGAAGACGACGACGAUCCCCUCGCCUGA